AUGGCUCGUGAAGGUACCCGUCAGUCAACCGGAAACGCCAGACCAAGAAUCUUCCCAACGGUCCCCGAAGUUACUAUCGCUGCUCCUAAGAAGAAGGCUUCUAUGAACAUCGGGGCGAAGAGAGGACCGAAGGCUGCUACAACCAAGGCUUCGAAGCCCGUUGGUAUUACCAAGAAGGUUGCUCCAGCUAAGAAGACCGCUGUGGCAAACAAGCUCAAGGGAGUCGUUAAGAAAACCGAGGCUGCGAUCACCAAGACCCCAGCUAAGAAGGCCGCCGCUACUAAGAAGACCAAGGAUACCGAUGGAUCCAAGACCUCUACCAAGCCUAAGACCUCUGUGAAGGCUAAAACCGUCAAAAAGUAG